AUGCGCACUGCUGCCUCGGAGAGCGCGAGCGCACUGCGCGGCUCGGGCCAUCUCUUGUCGCUGCUCGCGGUGGACUGGAAGGGCGACUCUUCCGGAUCAUCCGCCGCGGAAGCUCAGUGCGCACGCCUCAGCGAGGGCCGAAUAUCUCCGCUGCCUCUCGCCGACGCGGUGCAGGCGCUCGUUGCCUCUCGCGACGCCGCACCGCUCGCCGUCCGUGCUCUCGCCGUGCGGGUGCUGCGCGUGCACACGGCAGCCGACAGCGGGAUGCUGCUCUGCCUCCUGCUGCCGCUGGUGCAGGCGAUCGCACACGAGAGCCACCUGCCCGCACCGGGCCCGCUGGCGAGCCUCCUCCUCGAGUCGGCGAUCGGCAACGCCGAGCUCGAGUGCAGUCUCUACUGGAUGAGCCACGCGCAAGACGGGCUCCGCGCCGCCAAGGAGGCGGCGGUGUACGCCUCGCUGCGCAAGCUGCUGCUGGAGCGGCUGGACCCGUCGAUGGCGGCCGAGCUCCGAGCGCAGUCCGAUUGCGUGAAGGCGGCCCCGGACCGGCCGGCGAGGGUGCAACGGCUGCGCUCGCUCUUUGCGGCCGGCGAGGCGCUCUACAGCCUCGCCUCGCCGCCGCAGCCCCUCACCACGCCCCUGAGGCCGGGCCGGAGGCUCGGAGGCGCGGACGUCUCGCUCGCUCGCGUUGCAAAGUCCGCCCUCGCGCCUCUCUUCCUCACCUUUGCCGCGCCGCCCGAAGCGGCUGGCGAGACCAGCGGGUCCGGCUAUUGCGUUGCCACGCACGUGCUCGCGGUCGGCGACCGCCACUUUGACAACUUGAUGUUGCGCGCGGACGGGCGGCUCUUCCACAUCGAUUUUGGCUUCUUGUGGGAUGGCCAACCGCACGUGCGCAAGUGCUUCCCGCCGCCGUUUGGUGCCGCCCGUUUCAGCAUCGAGAUGGUCGAGGGCAUGGGCGGCCUCGAGUCGGAGGGCUACGCUGAGUUCCGCGCCCUCUGCUGCCGGGCGUACCUCGCGCUCCGCGAGCAGGCGAGAGGCCGCCGCGGUGCGCCCCUGCUGAUCGGCUUGCUCAAGUUGAUUGCGGGCGCCCCCGCGAUGCCCGGCCACGCCGAGAUCGAGCGAGUCGAGCGCAGGUUGCGCCUCGACCUCGACUGCCGCGCUGCGACCGCCUUCUUUGAGCGGCGCAUUGACGACGCUUUGAACUCGCACUCACAUCGGAUCGCGGGCAUCUUGCACCGCUACGCGAUGUCGCAAAAGGAGUAG